AUGGCUGCCAAUCUCAAGACCGAAGUCGACAAUAUCAUCGCCAACAACGCCGUUGUUGUUUUCUCCAAGACCCACUGCCCCUACUGCACUAAGGCCAAGGCCUUGCUUGAGAAGCACGGUGUCAAGGCUUAUAUCAUUGAGCUCGACAACGCUGACAAUGGUGCUGCCAUUCAAGCCUACCUCCAGGAGCUGACCGGCCAGCGUACCGUCCCCAACAUUUUUAUCAACCAGAAGCACAUUGGAGGCUGCGAUAAUCUCUACGCGUUGGAAAAGUCGGGUGAGCUUAAGACCUUGCUCGCCAAGAUCUAA